AAAGAGCUCAUGCUCUGAAACAAAAAAUUGUUAAUCGCCUGGGCGGUUUGGAGCCUGGGUACUUUAUUUCCUUUAAGAAUUGUUAUAUCAAGAACCAAGAACUCGUCUCUAUCUCGCAAGUAGAUAUAUACAUACAUAUAUAUGAAUACUUCAACAGCCUCUUCCUUCUCUCCCAGAUCACUCUCGAGUUCUCUUCCCUAUCAGCUUAAAGACCAUGGUUUUAUGACUAGGAAUUUACAGCCAACUUUUGCCUGUAAAUAUUCGGUCUUUGCCAACAGGGAGACUGUGUUGGUUGCAAAGAAUUUUGAACUGAACUGCUUUAAAGAAAAAGAUAUGGAUGUAAAGGCGUCGGCCUUUGUUGAUAGUUCUGCUGAAAUCGACAAAGAUAUCAAAGAGCCUAGUGUAUCAACAAUGUUGAUGAACUUUGAAAAUGAGUUUGAUCCUUAUGGUUCAAUGAGUGUACCUCUUUACCAGACAGCCACUUUCAAGCAGCCUAGUGCCACAGAAAAUGGCCCUUAUGACUAUACUAGGAGUGGAAAUCCUACCCGAGAUGCAUUGGAAUGCAUCCUGGCAAAGCUGGACAAAGCUGAUAGAGCAUUUUGCUUUACCAGUGGAAUGGCUGCUUUGGCUGCUGUUAGUCAUCUUGUUGGAACAGGUGAAGAAAUUGUUGCGGGAGAUGACCUGUAUGGUGGCACUGAUCGAUUGUUAUCACAAGUCGUCCCAAAGACAGGAGCCAUCGUCAAACGAGUGAACACUACUGAUUUGAAUGAGGUUGCGUCUGCAAUUGGACCUUGGACUAAGCUUGUCUGGCUUGAGAGUCCAACUAACCCUCGACAGCAGAUUUCUGAUAUUCGUAGAAUAGCAGAGAUAGCUCAUGGUCAUGGAGCUCUUGUUUUGGUGGAUAACAGCAUUAUGUCUCCUGUGUUGUCACAACCCCUUGAACUUGGAGCAGAUAUUGUAAUGCACUCAGCUACCAAGUUCAUUGCUGGACAUAGUGAUGUCAUGGCAGGCAUGUUGGCUGUAAAAGGGGAAAGGUUGGCAAAGGACUUGUAUUUCCUACAAAAUGCAGAGGGAUCUGGGUUAGCACCAUUUGACUGCUGGAUCUGUUUGCGGGGCAUUAAAACAAUGGCCUUGCGCGUGGAGAAGCAACAGGAAAAUGCACAAAAAAUAGCAGAAUUUCUAUCUGCCCAUCCUCGGGUGAAGAAGGUUAACUAUGCAGGCCUUCCUAGCCAUCCUGGACAUUCUUUACACUAUUCUCAGGCAAAGGGUGCAGGAUCUGUGCUCAGUUUCCUCACUGGAUCAUUGGCACUUUCUAAACACGUAACUGAGGCUACCAAGUAUUUUAGCAUAACUGUCAGUUUUGGGAGCGUGAAGUCCCUUAUAAGCAUGCCCUGCUUCAUGUCGCAUGCAUCCAUACCUUCGGCGGUACGCGAGGCCAGAGGUUUAACCGAGGAUCUUGUUCGUAUUUCUGUGGGAAUUGAGGAUGUGAAUGAUUUAAUUGCUGAUCUGGAUCAUGCUCUUAGUACCGGGCCUAUAUAGGUGCGUAUACAAGUUUCUAUUCUCCAUGUAUUUCCCACAAAUAUUUAUUCAAUCAUAUGCUGUACCAGAAGUUGGAAUGAAGAUCAGUACUAUUUUUUUUCUGUUUGUACAAUUGUAGUUGAUUUUAUGACACGCAUGCUAGCAUGGAACUAUAGAACUGGAGGUUUGGUGUUUGGUGUUCAGCCAUAGUGCCUUCGUGGUUAUUCGUAAAAUUUUGUAGUUGUAUAAGAAUGAGAUAAUUUCAUAUAUACUAUUUUAUGGACUGCGUUUUUAUUUAGA